ACAACUGUCAGUGGUCGGUAUUCGUGGCGAUAGAUAUCAACUGUGUUUGUCUGUUCUCACAAAAUGAUUUAAUAGAACCGCAGCAAAUUUUUGGGUGUUAAUUUGGAAAUUAGUUUCCAAAGAAUUUGUCAAAUUAUUUGGACCAAAUUAAAUCAUCACAAUGAGUUGUUGGACAGAUCCUCAGUGCCUUUUAUUUAUGGGUUCAGCUAUGUUAGCUGCUUGUGCCAUAGCAAUUUGGAUAGCAGUAAAAGCAGUUACAACACCACUUCCGCAAAUCGUUCGCUAUGAAGAUGAGAAAUAUUACACCGAUCCAGUGUCAAAGUCAAAACAACCAUUUCCGUCAAUUAAUGAUAGCCCACGAAUUGCGCUAAGCGUAAUUGUGCCCGCAUAUGAAGAGGAACAACGAUUACCAAAAAUGCUCGACGAAGCAUUGGAGUAUUUAGAAAAUCGUUCACAAAAGGACAAAACAUUCCAAUAUGAAGUGAUUGUGGUGAGUGAUGGCAGCAAAGAUUCAACCGUUCAAGUGGCACUGGCAUAUAGCAAAAAGUAUACAUCGGACAAAGUUCGUGUUUUGAAUCUAAUUAAAAACCGUGGCAAAGGCGGUGCCGUUCGUAUGGGAAUGUUGAGUGCACGUGGUCGUCAAUUGUUAUUUGCCGAUGCGGAUGGUGCAACGCAAUUUUCCGAUUUAGAGAAACUUGAGGUUGAAAUGCGAAAAUUGACACCGCCCGAUGAAUGGGAAAAUCCCGCAAUUGUAAUUGGUUCACGUGCACAUUUAGAAGAGGAAGCCAUUGCAUCUCGAAGUCUUUUCCGUACAAUUUUAAUGCAUGGUUUUCAUUUUUUGGUUUGGUUAUUUGCUGUGCGUGGCGGUAUCCGUGACACACAAUGUGGUUUUAAAUUGCUUACAAGAUCGGCUGCACAUCAUUUAUUCAACUUGUUGCACGUCGAACGAUGGGCAUUUGAUGUUGAGCUACUGUUUUUGGCACAAUCACUGAAAAUUCCAAUCGAAGAGGUCAGCGUCAAUUGGACCGAAAUUGAAGGUUCAAAAAUUACACCAGUCUGGACAUGGUUACAAAUGGGAUGCGAUUUAUUCUUGAUUUGGUUUAGAUAUACAAUUGGCGCCUGGGACAUCACCAGAUUUGGAAGCAAAAAUAAAAAAUCAAAGUAGUUAUCAUGUGUUCCAUUAUUUCCAAAGAGAGUCUUUUUUUUUCUUCAAAUAUACGUGGUGUCUAUUCCUUGUAUGCGAUUUAAACAAAAACUGUUUAGUGUAAGAGCGCACACCAUUUAAACAAAAAGCCGUUUGCUCUAAUUUAGCUGUAUAAGAUUGAAUCUUCAAAUAAAAUGCAUUUUUAAAUCUAUA